CGCCCCCUGUCGAGCUUUCUCCACCAGCGCAGGAUUGGCCGAGCAACUCCGCCAUCUUUUACCAGGCUGACUAUAAACUACUCCAGCGGACUUUUCUUGUCGUCAAACCUAAACUUGGGGUCAGGUGCUCGGAGACGAAGAGGAAACAAAAAAAAAGAAGGCGAUAAACGUUUCGCUUUCUGCCGACAUUUGGCGAAUCUCCAUACGAACCUUGCAGUUUUAUGGUCCAAUGUGUUUGAGCGGUCUGGCAGCCCGAACGCAGUUUAGUUGUGUGGGUCCUGGUUGACGUCGCCUGCUCGCUUUUAGGCUCACCAAACAGCCGACGGAGGUGAACAAAAAACAGGAUGAAACGAAGUCUGCAAGGGACGCAGCCGGAGGACGUCGGCAGCGGCGGCUCGCUCAAGCACUCCUGCAAACAGAAGAGGGAGGCGGAGCUCGAGGAGGCGGAGCUCGAGGAGCCGGCGGUGCGUUGGGAGUGUCUGCCCCAGGAGAUCCUCCUGCACAUCUUCCAGUUCCUGCCGCUGCUGGAUCGGGCCUACGCUUCUCAGGUGUGUCGGGGCUGGAACCACGCCUUCCACAUGCCCGAGCUGUGGCGCUGCUUUGAGUUUGAGCUGAACCAGCCAGCCAGCUCCUACCUGAAGGCCACCCACCCCGACCUCAUCAAACAGAUCAUCAAAAGGCAUGCCGACCACCUGCAGUACGUCAGCUUCAAGGUGGACAGCAGCAGAGAGUCUGCAGAAGCGGCGUGUGACAUCCUCUCUCAGCUCGUCAACUGCUCUCUCAAAACCUUGGGCCUCAUCUCCACAGCUCGGCCCAGCUUCAUGGAGCUGCCAAAGUCUCACUUCAUCUCAGCGCUGACGGUGGUUUUCGUGAACUCUAAAUCGUUGUCCUCCCUGAAGAUUGACGACACGCCUGUAGACGAUCCCUCCCUCAAAGUCCUGGUGGCCAAUAACAGUGACACGCUAAAACUGCUGAAAAUGAGCAGUUGUCCUCACGUGUCACCCGCAGGCAUCCUGUGUGUGGCGGAUCAGUGUCACGGCCUGAGAGAACUGGCUCUCAACUAUCACUUGCUGAGUGACGAGCUCCUCAUCGCCCUCUCCUCCGAGAAGCACGUCCACCUGGAGCAUCUGCGCAUCGACGUGGUGAGCGAGAACCCGGGCCAGCAGUUCCACAGCAUCAAGAAGAGCAGCUGGGACGCCAUGGUGCGCCACUCCCCCAAGUUCAACCUGGUCAUGUACUUCUUCCUCUACGAGGACGAGUUCAACCCCUUUUUCCGCGACGAAAUCCCCGUCACGCACCUGUACUUCGGCCGCUCCGUCAGCAAAGACGUCCUGGGCCGCGUGGGCCUCACCUGCCCUCGCCUGGUGGAGCUGGUGGUCUGCGCCAAUGGGCUGCGGCCGCUGGACGAAGAGCUGAUCCGCAUAGCCCAGCGUUGCACGCAGCUGUCGGCCAUCGGCCUGGGCGAGUGCGAGGUGUCCUGCAGCGCCUUCGUGGAGUUUGUCAAGAUGUGCGGGGACAGACUGACGCAGCUGUCCAUCAUGGAAGAGGUGCUGGUUCCAGACCACCGCUACGGGCUGGACGACAUCCACUGGGAGGUGUCCAAGCACUUGGGCCGCGUCUGGUUCCCGGACAUGAUGCCCACCUGGUGAAGCUGUAAGUGGCAUGCAGACUUGUCUCCCCUAUUGACGAACAAAAAAAAUCAUCCAAAUCAAAUAAUCCUUUAGACCAUAUGGAAAAAUAAAAUGCCAUCUGUUUGAAAUUAGACCAAAUUAGAAAAAUACUCAAUUGUUUUCAAGUCUGCCACGCUGUUCUUGCUAUAUGUUUUUAUAUUUAUAUGUAUAUUUAUGGAUCUUUGUUUUCCUGUUUUGGCAAAAUGCACUUUUUUUUCUCCGAGCAAUUAACAGAUUUGUUAAUACAAACAGUACAAUAAAAAGUAGUUGGGAAUGAAGUCGGAGCACAGGGGUGUCCAAAGGGCGGCCAUUUGCGAUUUUUUUAACUGGCCCGCGGUGCAUUCUAAAAAUAUUAUUGCAGAAAAAUCAUAAACAAGUGGGAUAUAAAUGCUAAUUUGAUAGGGAAAAAGUUGCAAUGUUGACUGAAUUUUUUUUUAAAGCUGUUAUUGCUGGAAAGGAAAUACAUAAAAAAAUACUUAUUAAAUGAUAAAUUUGAAGUUUACAUAUUUUUUAACACUGUUUAUGAGUGGAGCCCUUUUAGAUCCACAGUAAUUUUAGUGUUUUUUUUUCCCCCAUUGCUCCAAAAAAUAAUUAUGAAUUCAAAUCAACGGUGUUGGGAAUUAUUGUAAGACUCCCAAUAUUUCACAUCAAAUUUGAAAUUUUUUGGGGGGGGAAAUGUUGCAUAUUUUGUGUUUUUGCCAUAAAAAACAGGCUUUUCUUUGAUAAAAAGGGCACAAAACAAAAAAAGAGUAUUUUACUUUUUAUCAAGAGACCUGAAGUUGAUUAGAGAUUUAAGCGUACAAAACUAAUAUUAAUUGUAUAAAAACAUUAAUGGGUAGAUGGCUAGAAACAUUUUUAUGAGUAAGACCCUUGACUUAUAUAUACGUGUGUGUGUGUGUGUGUGUGUGUGUGUAUAUAUAUAUAUAUAUAUAUAUAUAUAUAUAUAUAAUAUAAUGUAUGUAUGCAUGCUUUUGAAAAUGGAAAAUAUCAAAAUAGCCCCUGCAUGCUUUAAUUUUUUUAGUGUGCUGCCCUUGUUGAAAAAUGUUUGGACACCUCUGUUGUAGCACGGACAUGAUGUAUUUAUUGUGUAAUACACCAUAACCUUCUGAUACGGACAAUCAAAACAGAUUACAAUUUCACCCGCUAAACCUACAUUAAGCCACUCUUAAUGUGGACUAAUCUGAAUGUACAGAGUGAGAGAUUGCUCAUAAUCACUUGUAACGGCUAUUGGCCCAGCAUAGAGAGCUCUGCAAUGCAUAACUUUUAUAAGCUGCUAUGUUUGGUGACAUGGUUGUAGUUUCUGUUGUGGACCAGGGCCAGGAUGGCUGGCUGAAUAGUGAGUUGGUGAGUCCACAUACAGCAUAAUAUGGACUAUAAUGGACAUUGGGCAUGCACAAUAUUGUUUUUUUAAGCUGAUACAGUUACACGGGUGGAUUUUUGCCUCAUUCCUGUGAGAAUCCUGCAUGUGACUGAAGCAUUAAGGGGUGAGGCUAGAUUUCUUUAUGCAGGACUUGCUGCAGUGUGCUCAAACAACCACCAGGUAGCAUUUGUGAGCAGAUAAUACGACAUCAUCUCUUCCUCUCUCUGGAUUUACCAGGUUUCCACUUUGAGGAAACACAUUCUUCACCCACACUUUAAGUGAGGGAUGAGGCAAAAAAAUGGUACUGUACUUUGUGCAUGUUUUCUUUCAAAACACCGUCAUGGCAACGCUAGUUUUUCAUGUGUCUGAUAAGGAAAUAUUUGAAGGAGAUUGUUGAAAUUAGCACGAAAAUUAAGUCCUACGCGAUCGACGCCAUGUUUAUUGACGGUGAGCUGGGGAUGUUCGUGACAUCCCGUGAAAAGGAGCGCUUGAUUUACUCAUCUUAAUGUGCAGUCCGACUAGUCUCACCUCAUUGGGCGUUUUUGAAAACAACAUAUCGGCUAUCUGCGAUAUUUUUCAAUUCCAUUAUCCAUUCGAUAUUUAUCAUAGACCCCUAAUGAAAACGGCUAAAAUGCAGUGAUAAUUGUUCCGCUUGUUUUGUUAACCAGGAAUGUAACUAUUACCAAUUAAAUGAAAAACCACGGUAACAUUCUUAACGGUUCAUAGCGCCGGUAAAAACAGCGAUUCACAAUUUCGUUUUUAUUCUGAUUAUAAAUCAUUUCAUCAUUUGCAGAAAUCGAUUUUUUUUUUAAGAAUCAAUUGUUAAAAAAAUGUUUUUUUAGGCGAACUCCAUUACUGCACGUAUGUUAGCAACCAAAAGGUUUUGUAACCUGUUUGGAAAGGUUUUGAUUCUAAGUACUAUACCAAAUAAUAUAUCGCAAGAAUCCGUUUGAAUCAAAAACCAAUUCCAAAUUGAAUUGUCACCUUAAAUCCGAAUUGAAUCCCACCUCGAACAGUUAGAUUUGCCGUUUGAAAUCAGACUUAUCGUAAAAUUGUGAUUGAUCACAAGAAGAUCUGGCUGUGUGGAUAUGGCCUAGAAACGUUUUUAAAAUGUGUUUGAUUAUCUUCUUUUUUUUUGUGGAAAAUUUUAAUCAAAUAUUUAAUUCUAUUGAGAAUCAGGAGAAAUAAGAAUUGUUUGUGCACCUCUAAUUGAUCACAAUUUGAAAAGCUCACUGUGAUACUGCCCAUUUCCUAGGGAAACAGCUAGUGCGCUAAUCGCUAGCUAGCUUAAAUGCUAGCAUGCCCACAAGGCAUGAUUAAGUUUUAACAAUGCAACUUGGUUAAAACCUUUAAAAACAGGUUAGAAAAGAUCUUUCUGGUUGCGUAGGGAUGUCUUAAAAAUGUUCUUUAAAAUUGUUCUUAAUAAAAAAAAAAGUUUUUGAUUAUUAUCUUUAUUUUUUUUUUUUUUGUUGAAAAUAUUGAGAAUCAGAAUGAAUAAUAAUCACACUCCGGAUAUGAAUCAAUGUUUUGUGCACCUCUAAUUUAUCACAAUUUGGAAAACUCACGGUGAUACUGCUCAUUUCCUAGGGAAGCAGGUCGUGCACUAAUUGCUAGCUAGCUUAAAUGCUAACAUCCGCACAAAGCAUGAUUAAGAUUUAACAAUGCAACUUGGUUAAAACCUUUCAAAACAGUUUAGAAAAGCUCCUUCUGGUUGCGUAGAGAUGGCCUAAAAACGUUUUGUUAUAUUGUUUCUAAUAAUAAAACAUUUUUAUUUUUUUUUAUUAUUAUCUUUAUUUUUAUUUUUUUAUUUGAAUCUAUUGAGAAUCGGAAUGAAUUAGAAUUGCAUUCCGGAAAUGAAUCAAUGUUUUGUGCACCUCUAAUUUAUCACAAUUUGAAAAACUCACGGUGAUACUGCGCAUUUCCUAGUGAAGCAGGUUGUGCACUAAUCGCUAACUAGCUUAAAUGCUAACAUGCGCACAAGGCAUAAUUAAGCUUUAACAAUGCAACUUGGUUAAAACCUUUCAAAACAGGUUAGAAAAGCUCCUUCUAGUUGCGUGGACAUGGCCUAUAAACUUUUUUAAAAAUAGUUUCUAAUAAAAAAAUGUUUUUGAUUAUUAUCUUUAUUUUAUUUUUUAUUCACAUUUUUUUAUUUGAAUCUUUUCUGGAAAUUAAUCAAAGUUUUGUGCACCUAAUCACAAUUUGGAAAACUCACAGUGAUACCCCUCAUUUCCUAGGGAAGCGGCUAGUACGCUAAUCACUAGCUAUUUUAAAUGCUAACACGAGACAUGAUUACAUUUUAGCAAUGCAACUUGGUUAAACCUUUCAAAAUGGGUUACAAAAGCUCUUUCUGGUUGCAUGGAGAUGGCCUAAAAACGUUUUAAAAAAUUGUUUCUCAUAAAAGUAUAUUUUAAUCUAUUGAGAAUCGGAAUGAAUAAGAAUCCCAUUUUGGAUGUGAAUCAAUUUUUUGUGCACCUUUAAUUGAUCACAACAUGAAAAACUCACAGUGAUACUGCUCAUUUCCGAGGGAAGCAUGCAAUGUGCUAAUCGCUAGCUAGCUUAAAUGCUAACACAAACCCAAGGCAUGAUAACGUUUUAACAGUACGAUUUGGCUAUAAGAUUUUAGUGUGUGUAUAUAAUAGGGGUGUGAAUCUUUGGACACGUAACGAUUUGAUCUGAUUCCUGGGGUGACGAUACAAUUCAGAAUCGAUUCUUGAUUCUUGUACUUUAUUAUUUUUUAAUACAAUAAUUAUGACACUUUUUCAUAAAAACGGUUUCUGGUUUCAUGGAGAUGGCCUAAAAACUUACUUUUGAAACGGAUUCUUACAAAAACAAAACAAUUUAAUGUUUUUUUUAAUCAAUUUUUGAAAAGUAUUAAUGGAUUUAGAAUUGUGCUGAAUAAGAUUUGCCCUUUGGAGUUGAAUCCAUUCUUUGUGCAUCCCUACCAAAACUGUACCAGUACUUUUUGAGCACAUUCAACAAUAUACCCCGAUCAUUUUGGUCCCACUCACCGUAACAUGACAUUUUUGUUACAUUCUGAGUUUUACUUUAUGCACUCGUUCUCCAAGGAAUAUUACUAGUGCACUUUUACUUCCACGAAGGGUCCUUUUCAGCCAUUUUUUCCACGCAUGAACUCUCGAGUGUAUUCAUCCAUAAUAAAUCAUAUGAAAUUAAUCGUUUGAUACCAAUGUUUGAUAGCGGUUGUUCCACACAGUGUAGAUAUACUAUAUCUCAAUGUCUACCAAUGAUGCUAUUUUACGAGAUAUAUCUUCAAUCAUAUUGGCUCGAUUAGGUCUAAAAAUGGACUUUACAAGUUUGUGGACUCACUGAAGGACCUCAAUCAAAAAUGACUUUUGUUUAUAUGGUUAUGUUGAAGGCUAUUGGCAAUAUUUAACAUACUAAUAUUAUUCAGAUUGUACAUGGGGACAGGGGCCCGUCAUGUCUUUUAAACGCUUUUAAAAGUUCAGGCAAGCCUGUUUCUUUUCCUGAAAGCGUAUCUAUAUAUCUAUAUAUAUAUAUACCAUGUUUUGGUGAACAUGAACAUUUUUUUGUCAUUACGCUUUGUUUAGAUUUUGGCCUAAACAUUUUAUUAGAAGGAAACGUUUUGUACUCUUGUUAAAGAUGGGUAUACUCCCGAAAUAUACCAACGAAAAGUUAAUUAGGCUUUUUGGUAUUUCCUAUGUUGUGCAAGUAAACGUGAUGGGAAAUGUUUGCCACGAUGUUGGCUACAAGUUGCCCUGAAGAAAACUAAACUAGAUCAUAAAGAGUUAUGUAUUAUGAGCUAUAAUGAGACAGUUGGAGCUUCGUUCAGCUCGCCUUUGACAACUUUUAGUCGCCAAACAAGCUGUCCUGAUUUUUAGCAAACUGUCCUAACUUGCUCUAUGAUGUCAAAUAAAAAGCGUUCUUUAACAA